CAGGCCCAGCCCACAUCCCCGAGCUCCCGUAGGGCGGCGGGCUGAGCCGCGCAGGCAGGGCGGGCGGCGAGCGCGCUUACGUGAGACCGGGGAUUCGCCGGCCUGCGCCAGGCCCAGGACACAGGAUGGAGGGACAAUCUGCGUCAUCUUGAUUCUGCAGCAUUCCAAAGUGUGGUAUCCUUGGGGUUCUCUUAACAUUGCUAUGGUGCAGAAGAUUUAAAAUCAGCUGAUGUUCACAAGGAAUAGAGUCACGUGAUGUAUGAAGGGAAACAUAUACACUUCUCUGAGGUUGACAAUAAGCCCUUGUGCUCGUAUAGCCCCAAACUGUGCAAGCAGCGGCGACUCAACGGCUACGCUUUCUGUAUCAGACACGUUCUGGAGGACAAGACUGCCCCCUUCAAGCAAUGUGAAUAUGUGGCCAAGUAUAACAGCCAACGCUGCACCAACCCCAUCCCCAAAUCAGAGGAUCGUAGGUACUGCAACAGCCACUUGCAGGUACUUGGCUUUAUCCCGAAAAAAGAGAGGAAGAAAAAGAAUGAUCCUAUAGAUGAGGUAAAGGUCAGGCACCAGAUGGAUACCAUGGCCUUCAGCCUGACAGUGCCCACAUUGGCCUUGAAGGUGCCCAAUGGACUGGAUGGAAUGUCCCUCUCUCCACCGGGGGCAAGAGUCCCUCUCCACUACCUGGAAACUGAGUUGGAAGACCCGUUUGCUUUCAACGAGGAAGAUGAUGACCUGAAGAAAGGGGCAACUGUGAGAAAGAAGUUGCAGAGCAAGCUGGCCCAGAAUCGGCAGCGCCAGAGAGAGACAGAGAUUUUAAAAGUCCGACAAGAGCACUUUAGUCCCCCUCCUGCACCUUCACAGCAGCAGCCUCCACAGCCGCACUCCCACCUGUCACCUUUGUCCACUUCUGUAAAACCUCCAGCGCCACCGCAGGGUUUAGUCUGCAAGUCACCUCAGCCUCAGAACACCAGCCUACCACUGCAGGGAGUGGCCCCCACCACACACACUAUAGCACAAGCGAGGCAGUUGUCUCACAAGAGGCCUCUGCCCCUCCUGCCAUCAAGUAGGGCUCCUGUUGCGGACCCACCCAGGACUGACCGGGUCCUUAUGAAAGCCACAGCCUUCUCUCCACACUUCUCUUGUAUAAGUCGACUGCAGAGACUGGUGAAACUGUGCACCCAAAAACAUCAGUUGGACACUGAUCUGUUUCCCCACCUAGGGCUGGACUGGUCUGAAGAGAGCGGAGAGGAACCGGAGGACUCAGAGGAGGCCUCGCCAUACCAGGUUGCAUGGUCCAUCCGAGAGACCCUCAGACAUGAAAGACACACGUCAGAUGAUGAUGAUACGGAGAGUAGGAGCUCCAGGGUGACCCAACUUUGCACUUACUUUCAGCAGAAAUAUAAGCACCUCUGCCGCCUGGAGCGGGCAGAAUCUCGACAAAAGAAAUGCCGGCACACAUUUAGGAAAGCCUUGCUGCAGGCGGCCAGCAGAGAGCCAGAGGGCACCGGACAGCUACUCCAGGAACUGCAGAGGGCGGCGUGCAGCCGGACCAGCGUAAGCCGGACCAAGCUGAGGGAGGCGGAGCCCGCGGCCUGCAGCGGGACGGCGAGGGGCGAGCCCUGCGCGAACAGAGCCCUUCCCUUCACCAGGCAUUGCUUCCAGCAUAUCCUCAUGAACCGCUCUCAGCAGCUCUUCUCAAGUUGCACGGCCAAGUUUGCAGAUGGACAGCAGUGCUCUGUGCCUGUUUUUGACAUCACGCACCAGACGCCUCUGUGUGAAGAACAUGCCAAAAAAAUGGAUAAUUUCUUGAGAGGAGAUAGCUCCCGCAAAGUUCAGCACCAGCAGCAGAGGAAACCCAGGAAAAAAACCAAGCCUCCUGCACUUACCAAAAAACACAAGAAGAAGCGAAGGCGCGGACCUCGUCGACCCCAAAAACCCAUUCCCCCUGCAGUACCCCAAGGGAACCUCAGCAUGCCCACCAGCGUCUCACUGCCAGUGGAGGCCUCCCAGAUCCGGAGCCCGUCCACGCCAGAGCUGAGUGCUGAUGAGUUGCCGGAUGACAUUGCCAAUGAGAUCACUGACAUUCCACACGACUUGGAACUGAACCAGGAGGACUUUUCAGAUGUCCUGCCACGGCUACCUGAUGACUUACAGGAUUUUGAUUUUUUUGAAGGAAAGAACGGAGACCUCCUCCCAACGACCGAAGAGGCUGAGGAACUUGAACGAGCCUUGCAGGCUGUAACUUCUCUCGAGUGCCUGAGUACCAUUGGGGUACUUACCCAGUCAGACGGUGUGCCAGUCCAGGAGUUGUCCGAUAGAGGAAUGGGGGUGUUCUCCACAGGUACUGGAGCUUCAGGAAUUCAGUCCCUGAGCCGAGAAGUAAACACGGACCUAGGGGAGCUGUUGAAUGGGCGCAUAGUCCAUGAUAAUUUUUCUAGUCUAGAGCUGGAUGAGAACCUGCUCCGUUCUGCUACCUUGUCUAACCCACCUACACCCCUGGCAGGGCAGAUCCAGGGGCAGUUCUCUGCCCCAGCCAACGUCGGCCUUACUUCUGCCACUCUGAUCAGCCAGAGUGCACUUGGGGAGAGAGCCUUCCCAGGACAGUUUCAUGGACUUCAUGAUGGCAGCCAUGCCUCCCAGAGGCCACAUCCUGCCCAGCUGCUGAGCAAGGCAGAUGACCUAAUCACCUCACGACAGCAAUACAGCAGUGAUCAUUCACACUCCUCGCCCCAUGGAAGCCAUUAUGAUAGUGAGCACGUGCCGUCUCCCUACAGUGACCAUAUCACCUCUCCCCACACGACAUCUUACUCUGGUGAUAAUAUGGCAGCUACCUUUUCAGCAGAGAUGCCCAUCAUGGCACAGCACUUGCUCCCACCCCAACUUGAGGUGCCACUUGGAGGAGUUGUCAACCCCAGAACUCAUUGGGGCAAUCUCCCUGUCAACCUUGGAGAUCCCUCUCCAUUUAGCAACCUUCUCGACGCAGAUGGACAUCUUCUUUCCACUUCCCUAUCCACGCCACCCACCACUUCGAACUCAGAGACCACACAGCCUGCCUUCGCCACCGUGACCCCCAGCAGCUCCAGCGUGCUUCCGGGGUUGCCGCAGACCAGCUUCAGUGGCAUGGGGCCCUCUGCGGAACUAAUGGCCUCCACCUCUCCCAAGCAGCAACUCCCUCAGUUCAGCGCAGCCUUCGGCCACCAGCUGAGUUCUCACAGUGGCAUUCCCAAGGACCUGCAGCCCAGCCACAGUUCUAUAGCCCCUCCUACAGGCUUCACAGUAACAGGUGCCACAGCUACAAGUACCAAUAAUGCAUCCUCUCCCUUUACCUCCCCUAACUGAGUGUGUCUGUGUGUUUGCAGGCAAGUGGGGAACCUGGUGUUUUCUAUCUUUGUUUCCUCUUUAUCGCCCCUUCCCCUUUUCCUAAAGAAGAUUUUAAAAAUAAUGGAUGGGGACCCCAGGGGACCCCCUUCUCCAGUUAAACAAGUUGCCCUGCAGUGGACCUCGCUUCAGUGUUCACAUGUGCUCUGCGCACCGGUGCUCAUUCCCUCCUGGCAGGUUCACUCCCCCACGGUUUCCUCAGUGGCUCAGCACAGUGACUGCAUGGAAUUGACUUUCAGCAGCAAGUCCUAGAAGUGGAAGAUACCUCAGAUUACCAGUGCCCUUUACUAUUUCCUAGUCUUCAGAUCAAUGCUUUCCAUUCUCUUACCAGGUCUUUACAUAGGUGGUUCCAGAUAGAAUGAUCCUAUUCACCAAGUCCUUGUGUGUGAGACGUAGCCGGUGGUGUGUAGAGGCAGGUCAAGGUUCUGACUUAGCACCGACGGCUAAAUACCACGUGAGGCCAGGAUUCCAUUCCUAAUUGUGAUCAUGUUUAAUUAAAAAGAAAAAAUUGGUCUUUUGACUGCCUAUGUGUAUGUGUGCACCCACACGUGUGUUUUGUGCAGGGCAGGAAACAGCUGUCCCAUUGUUUCCUUUUUUUUUUCCGAAUGAGUGAGUAUAUAAGGCGCUUUCUUCUUUCCCACAUCUCACAGCCCUAGGGAGGUUGGUCGUUCUCACCCACUGAGUUAACUAAGUUUCCUGAAUAGAGAGGGUGGUGGUCCGGUCACGGAGUAGCACAACCCUUUUCUGCUGAGUUAGCCAGGAACAUGGAAGAGGUGAAUUCACAACAGUGUUGUGGGGGGUGUCGUGAAAGGCUUGCCUGGAAUGACUGUGGGGUUGCUGAGAUACUGAGGUCUUCUGGUUAUAUUGCCUUUUUAGACAUGCAUUUGUUCUAAGUCCCUCUGUCUUGGAAUACAUUCGCAAGAUGUAAUUAAAGAAAAUAUUUGUGUGAAAAGCAGGAUAGGUCAGAUAGAUUUGGAAGAUGGCAUCUGUGAACUUUUUGAUCCGUCUUUUGCUUUUGAAAUUUUCAUGUUUACAGUAGUGCUUCUUUGGUAAGAUUUGUAAAAUGUUGAAGACACUUGUAGAAUCAGUGUACCAGUUGUGAAGUGAUAUGUACUAUCUGAAGGAUACACAUUUUAAAGUUUUUUCAAAACAGAUUAUGGAAAUGAGACAUAAAUUUUACCCAUCCUUUGGUACUUUUAAAAUAGUUUCAGUGGUUAAGUUUUAAGUUUGGGAAGUUGUCUUAAAGUACCAAGAUUUUAGGCUUAAAAAUCAUAUUGGGUAGCUUAGCAAAUUGGUGACUACCAAACGAGUAUGUGAGUUUUCUUUUUACCUGCCUUCUCCCCUGCCUUCCCCCACCCACUUCCCCCAGAAGGGUGGAACUAGAUUUUAAAGGCAUCUGUCUCCUGAUUUUGCUGAGACGGUUCACUGUCCCCUGAGAUAACCAUUGGGUAUAAAUACCUGAGUCUAGUCUAAUUUACAUAUAUAUUUUAAAAGAUAAGGUAGAGAGAAUGUUCUAUUAAUGAUGUGAUAUAAUGUUUCAUUUGUCAGGGAAUAUUUGAUCUUAAUUCCUUUUCAAUAAGUAAAGAUUUGGAUGUAUUUUCCUACUUCCUAUAUGUAUUCUCUUUAUGCCAUGCUACUUUUAACCAGUCCCUUCUUCUGCAAACUUUUCUUCCUCUGCUUUUUAAAGGAAUGAUGGUGAUCAGCAGGCAGUUAUGGAGGGGAAAGGUCACACAACUGUAAGAAACCAUUAUAUGCCCUAUUUUGUAUUUAUUGAAGUUUCUUUUUGUGGGCCAAAAAUAUGUUUGUAAUAUAUUUAGUUUUUUUUUAAUCAUGAUAAUUGAUUGGGAGAUUUAUUUUUAAUAGCUUUGCCUUUUUUGCAGAUUGAGAAAUUUCUAAAUUAUAAAUUAUGUCACAAAGCAAAAUUAUAUUUGGUAUCACCGUAAAUUUCUAUUCUGAAUGGUGAGAACAGAUCAACUGAACAUUUCUCACCUGUGAAACCUAUGUUAGUAAGCUUUUUUAUUUUAAUGUACUGUAACGAAAUGGUUGAGUAGUUACUUCUGCUCAAAAGUGUCAGUUUGCUAAACUCUUUUCACACCCCAUUAUAAUAAACAGCUCUCCGUUCCCAGCAGUGCGAUUUUGUCUCCAUCGUGUACGCGUUCGAGAUUGCAGCAGAGCAGCGCAUUGACUCUUACCAGCCUUUCUUUGACAGCAAAGGGAAAGUCACGGUGGUCAUUUUCAGCUUCUCUGGCUAUCUGUCCCUUGCGGGAGCUGCUUAAAAUUCUUCAGUUAUCAAAACUGAGUUUGCAGUGAGUUGCACAUUUUAUUGUUUGCAAUUUUCUGUUUAUGUGCAUUUAAAAGCCCUUUUCUGCUUUCUGGUAAGGAGGCAAGAAGUGAUCAGGAAUGUUGCCAGUUACAGCUUCACACCAAAAACUUUGAGUAAAUUCAUUUUUGUGUAGAUGCCCCUGAUAAUAGCUGAAGAAAGGGCAUCCCGUAGACAGUGCCAGUGUAGGCUUGAGGAAUUAGUUAAACAAAAUUUCCCCUUCUCAUUUCAUCUACUUCCAAACAAAUAUCCGAGCUCGCGAUUUGUUUUGCGCUUGCUGUUUCUUGAGUCCCUUUUCAGGAGAGAGAACCCCUGUGAACCCAGAGAUACAGACACAUUAUGUUUUUCUCGUAGCUAAGGGAGCAAUUCUGGUCUGUUAGUACUAGGUUCGCUAUUAAUAUGUAGAGAAAGGAAUGAAGUGUCUUUUACCCCAGAAAUAUGAAAAUUAGUGUCUUUCGAAAUAGCACUUAUGCUAUAAUAAGGCAAUACUGGAAUCAAAAACAUUUUCUAUAAGGUCCUAAUUAAGUGGAAGCUAGCUUUUAUUCUUGUGUUAAACUCAUGAGAAGUAGUGGCAAAGAAGGUUCAUUCUAUCUGCCGUUCUUUGGGACCAUUUAUAAAGGCCAGUUAGAUUGUAAUGUGAUUUAAUUGACUGAGUUGCUGCAGUUAAUGGAUAUACUCUGUUCUGAACAUCGGAAUUCCAUUCUGACCUAUGAUACUCAUUGGCUGUGAUCUAUAGCAUCCGAAGAAAAGAUGUGUUUUCCUCUUUUUUACUCUCUACCUAAUUGUUAAAUAUUAUUUUAAUUAAAGUACUUAAGAUGUUGUUUUUUCCUCUGUUAAAAAUGGCUUAGCAAUUUGCACAUCUGGUUAGGUUUCGUAGCUAGUAAACAAUUCACAAAAGUUAAUAGCAAUUACACUUUACUCACCAAGUAACAGACUAUGCAAUGAAAAGAUUUUCUAAUUAUCGUCACAUAGCUUAUACGGUGGAGGAUUGUUUUCUCUAGUGAGCUACCGUGUGAGGUGUGACUGCUUUACAAACUCCUCCUGAGCAGUCCCAUGUUGGUAGGCAGCGUGGCGUGUCUGGUGUCCCUCCACCAAGAGAUAAGUUAGUGAGAAGCAGAGAGUAGGUGUGGAGAUAAAGUUGGAAAUAUUUUUUUCUUAAAGCUGUAGUUAAUGUCUUGAGUGGCUUCAGGCUAAAGAAAGCUAAUACUUUAUCUUUGCCAAAUAAUUAUUUAUGAGACUUAUUUCUUAAAUAGACCCAGUCCCUCAGCCGCAAGUUAGGAAGCAUCAUUUUCUGUGACUGACACUAAAGCUUUUCUUUACCGUUCUCAACACGUGAUCCCAGCCGAGAGGAGCAAAGACAGUUCUUUGGUUUGGAAAGCGAUGGUGUCUGUGCUACACCCUAUCAACACAGCAUUCUUCUUGCCGGACAGAACUUCAGUUUUUAUUUGUGGGCACUGGCGUUUGCAUGUACGCAGGGAAGUCCCAGGCUGGCAGCUCACGGACACCGGCCAGCAGCCCCCCUGCGGGUUUGGGUCGUGGGGGUGCCGGGUGGUUGGUAGGUGGGAGGCAGCUGCCCUUUCUCCAAGUUAGUUCAAAAGGUUGUUUGUUGUGGAUUGAUAUUGUAAAAAGAUGAGGCUAUUAAUAACACUAAUUAUUUAAUAGGUUUAAAAGUCGUUAAAAAAUUUUUUAGGUGUUUCCAUUUUCUUCAUUCUUUUUCUCUUUUGCCUUCUUUUAACAUUCAAUUAAAUUCUGUUUUUAAUCUGGUAUAUAUAUAAUAAUCUAAUAUUAAUUUCUUCUAAAUGGUCAACAGACCUCUCUAUUUUAUUGAGGCAAUUUAAAGUAUUCUUAGAAAGAAAAUAGUAGUCUUACCAAACAGUCUUCAUUUGUAUCUCUUUCAUCACCAAGAUUUACAUCACUUGAAGAACUUGUUUUCUGACAAAUGUAUUUCUAGGGGGUAGGGGUGAGGGGUGGGAAUAUAUGUACAUGAUAGAACAUAGGUCUUUUUCCCUCUCUCAAAUCAUUGAAAAUAAUUGAAUCUUCACUGGCAUUCUACAGAGAAGUAAAACAAUGUAAUGACUUCUUACUAUCUUGAAUUUUAUAAGAUUUCCAGUAUAUUCUGGAGAGAUCCAAAAUCCAUGUUUAGUAGAUGAAAGUAAGAUUUUAAAUGCUGUCUUUGAAAAGAUUUGUAAUAAAAUACCAGUAAAGAACAUACUCAUUUCCCCCUAACCAGUGAGUUAGGAAAGAAAACAAAACAUAAAUGAAUAGUAACGUCUCGUUAAUGCAAAAAUUGUGGGUGAAAUUUAGAGAGCCUUAUUUCCAAAUAACAGAAAUUCUCUUUUUACUCCAGCCCUUACUGUUUGUUAGUUUUCCUCUCUCUGCACUGUGACACAGAGCUAGUAAAAGGAAAUAUGGCCACAGAGAGAGCACAUAUUUAGUAUGGCUUUCUUUUACCUUUAGGUCCUGGAUCUUGGGAACGUUUGGUUCCUUUCACUGGCAGAAUUUUUGGUGAUGUGAAGUUUAGUCUGCAAAACAAUCUAAUAAGAAAACCUGUCUAACUCUUUCUAGUGAGCUCUGCAGGGCAGUCGGCUUUCCUUCCCUUUGCUUCCCUCUGCCUGCUUGCACGCCCAGCACAGCCCAGCCACCCCCCCCCCCCAAGUGUGCCCGCACACAAGACCCACGCACGGUCUGUACAGAUCCUGGCCUGAGUAACAGAAUCCUCUCUCACUCGGUUUUUGUUUUAAUUGUUGUUUUAAGCUGGGGACCACUGAAGUAAGCUUUGUAUGCACCCAAAGUUCCCCUUGGAAAAAUUUUCAACCUGCAGUGCAGAAGGCUCCAGUCCAGCUAAAAGCCACAGCGUUGCUUUUGCUUGGGGAUUGGACUGAUGUGCCCUGAGUGGCUCCACCUGCCUCACUAAGGUCCAGUGGGCUCCAGCAGAUUAGGGGGGGCGAUGUCUUCAUCCGCUUGGAAGGGCUGAAUCAGUUCCUCUCAACAGUGAUAGUUCUUUUCACUGUACAGUGUUGAGUAUGUCUCAGGGAUUCCUUGUGGAAAUUAGGGCAGAUUUUAAAAUAAAAAAAUAGUUUUCAAGAAACUAAAGGUGACUCAUCAUCGAAGAGAGCGCAAGAAAGAGAAAACACUUGGUUUCAUAGCCCACAGUGUCUUGCAUAGGCCUUUUUCCCUUUCUCCUUCCGCCUCUCGUCUCAGCUUCGGCAUUCAGAAUCCUUUCCCAUCAUGCACAGCUUUAAAACUUUUAUUUAAAAAUCUCCUUCCCCAAUGAGCUUUCAGAAAACUUAUUGUAGAUUUUAAGAGAAAAGGUAUAUUAAUUUAUGCUAUUAACAUCACCUCAUAAAUUAUAAGUUUUAUACUAAAGCUGUAUUGAGUGUAAUGAGUUACGUUGCCUAUGUGUUUAAUAGCUAAAAAAUUAUAUAUGAGCUUUUUUUUUUUUUUGACAAAACAAACUAGUGAAGCACCUUUUUACACUGGAUCUCUGCCGUGUCAAGGUGUAUAGCUAUCCUUUGCUACCUUGCAGAUAUAAAAUAAAAGGAUAUCCUGGGGCCUCCAAAUGUAGAACACCUUUAGACCAUUUAUUACUGCUCAUAGAACUGUUGAGAAUCAUGUUUCUUUAGUAAAUGAUCUGUGGUUUACACUUAAGAUGGCUAGACGCUUAGUUACAGGGUAAAUAGAAAUACAUAGAUCAAGUACAAUUCCCAACUACUGUAGCCAGAAUUUGUAAACUAAGUUUUUCAGACCUCUUUUAUUUCCUAUGGAUUCAUUCGUUAAUUUACAGUUGAUUCUGUAAGUUGGGGAGUAAAAUAGAGAAAUAAUAAGUCUAGAUGUUCUCAGUGUCUUAUUCAGGAAUCUUUUUAUCCCUCCUCACUAAGGAAUUCCCACUGUGACUUAAAAAUAGAAUUAAAUUUCUUGUGUGCAUGUAUAUGUUUGUGCUUUUACACACAUGCAAAAAUAUACAUUGGGUGCACGUGUGUGAGAGAUGAAUGUGUGCUUCAGUAAAACUAGAGAAAAGUAACAAUGUAUUGGAGAAAUACGACUGACUUCGUGGAGGGUAUUGGAAUUACCCUCGCAGUGUCUCUGUUGUAUAGACACACCAAAUUCUUCAUGUUUUCUUAUGUGAAAAGGCUAGCUCUGAUAUCAUGUGCAUUUUAUUCUGCCAUUUUGAUUAACUUAUAUUGCUCUGUGUUUUUAAAAUGACAUAAGAAACAGCAGGCUCUGAGACCAGCCUCCCACUUUUGAGCAUAAAAAUAAGACAGAACUGUGUUUAUCUGUUGGGGAGAUGGGACCAGAAAUCAGUGAAACCUUUUUUUUUUUACAUCCAUAGAUUUCUUCAUAUUCCGAGUUAGAAAAUACUGUUGAUUAUCUUUUCUUGGUGAAGUUAAGAAAAUUAUAGGCCUUUCGUAAAGAAUGCCAAUUUGUUUCGAAGGGGCUGCUUUGUUUCAGGAGUUGGUGGGAUCAUUUCAUCAUGCAUAUCUCAAAACAGGAAUUCAGUUAUUUCCAAAGAUGGACAAAAGUUACUCAGUUGUGCUAUUAUUUAUGAAGUUAGCACUCCCUCCUCCCCCCACAUUUUGGCUAUAGGAAAAAAUACGCUACCCUGGACUUGAUUCGUAUGGAAUUAAACAUUGCUGUAUUUUGAGGUUUGCCAUUUUGCUGUACAUUCAUUACUGGAGUAUCUGGUGGUCUAAAAUAAUUAAAACUGAAGUUGUUAUUAAAUGCUCCAGUCAUGUUUAUUUUUAAUACAAAAAAAAUCAUGUCCUUUGAACUAUGUCAAAACAACUUCUAAUAAUACACCUGAGUUUGUAGUUACCUUUGAAGCCUCAUCCAUCUUAUAUAUAGUCAAGACCUAGGAAAGCUUUAUGUUUUUUUUACAGUUGUAUUUUUUGCAGUAUCUCCCAAUUCCAUUCACUCUUGUUUUAUGGAUUUUUAAAAAUCUGCAUAUUUCUUGUAUAUAUGCAUGCAAAUGAAAGAAGGGAGUUUGUAUUGGUGCCAUUUCUCCCUUCAGUUACUGAUCAAUGGGAUUUGUGGAAUAAAUUCCCCCUAAUUGAAGGGUGAAAUUUGACCCUUUGUGUAUAUCUGUAUAGAGAUGUGUAUAUGGGACGUGGUGGCACUUUGCUGAAUGUGAACUUGCCUUGUCAAUGGAAAGGUUGAGAAGUAUUAUGUUUAUUUAUACAUUUGUAUAAAUCUAUAUAUACACGUAUGUAUAUGUGUGUGUAUAGAUAAAGCUAUAUACAUAUAUUUCCCUAAAAAUGUGUGUGUAUAAUAGAGAAACAGCCUUUGUUAAGCAAGAUUAUACAUCUGUGGAAAACUCUGGAUGAUUCUGUAACCAGUAGGAGGUGACCGUCAAGAGCCCGUCUUCAUGGCGCACUAAGAGGGAGGAAAUCCUUUGGAUCAUAGUCUUGUUCAUGGUGAUUGUCACUGAGUUUCUGUUAGAACUAUUCUCACUUGUCAGUUCUACUGUUCUUCAUCCUCACCACCUUCAAGGUCAGUCUCAACAUUUAAAACAUCAUUGUGGUUUUUCUCCUUUGUUGUGUUCAUUCUAGCCAGAAGCAUCUGUGUUAAGUGUGUUUCAUUAAUUUCUCGGUUGUUUCUUUUAAAGAUCUUUAUUUCUGAAAUGUCCCAGGAAAUAUAAAUUUUGAUAAUAUUUUCUAUAGUAAUUUUGAGAAUCAGGCAUUCAUCUCUAUCUCAAAAACAACCAACCAAAAGUCAACAUUUAAACAGAACUCAUUUGAAGAUUUUUACCUAGAUAAUUUUGAGCCAUUUUACUUAAAUUGAAAAGGUUUGAUUUUAUGAUUGAUACUAUUAUUAGGUUUAUUUCUCUUUGUCAUUUAAAAAUUUAUCUUUGAUUUAAUCACAAAUUGACCAUUUUGUUUUAAUGGAAAGCAUACAAAGUGACAUGUAAGCCUCUUGAAUUUUAUAACUCAUUUUACUCAUGAAACUGCUUUAGUGAAUUCUUGAGCAAGGAAUUCCACUGUGUUUCCUUUUGACUUGUCUCACGUUUGUGACAUUGUUUUCACUUUGCUGCAGCUCUCUAGAAAACUUUGAUCCCUAUCUAUUGUGCCUUUAAAGCUCUUAUGCAUACACAGACAAAAGUGUAUUUAUACAUGUUGGAGCAUGUGUACAUAUACUUUCCUGUAUACUCACACAGUAUGUCUUUAGUAUGUAUUGUGGGAGUGGAUACAUAAAUAUUCCAAGGCAAUGAAAUGUUGCUCUCUAGAUAUAUAUGUAUAUAAAUGGUGUUGAUAUACUGUACAUACACAUGUAUAUGUAUGAGUUUUAAAUGGCAAUCUUUUACAUUUAGCAAAAUGCUGCCCCUACUGGAAUAUUAUUACUGCAAUGGCAGUUGUAUGUAAUGAUUUAAAAUACAUUAUCAAAAAUUAUUUAAAGAACAUUUAAAAGUCUCAUCUAAAGACAUCCACACGUUAUUUAUUUAUCUUCCUUUUCCUUUUAUUGUUGUUUUUUUUUUUUUUUUCAUUGAAAUGGAGGCUGUCGUUUUUAAGAUGCCAUCUUCCCCACGGGAGGAGAGAGCGGGAGACUCCCCUGAGGAGCCCUGUGCGUCGUCCCUCUUCCUGAACUAGCGGUGCCCCACAAACCAGCCUGUUUAUUUCAGGUAUAAAGCAGCCCUAAUAUUUCCAUUAGUGUCUGUCAUCCACCGUCUCCUAGAUCAGCCGAACUCACCGGUUUGCCUCUCCUUUCAUUAGUAAAUAAUGAUCGUCCAGAUCAUUUUGCCUGGGGGAAGUUAACUACUCUCUUGCUGCAGGGAAUAUAUCACCUAAUUAUCAUUCUGCCUUUUUCAAAAUUCAACUUUAAGAGAAGGCAGCACACUCAUGAAGCUGCCUUAAACAUGUUUUGCAUUUAUUUAAUUACAGGUCUUCCCAGACAUUUUUUAAAAAAGGAACUCCACGUGUGCAUGCACGUGACAUAGAUUAAAUUCUUAUUCCCCACAGCUUCAAGUAUUUUUCAUUAUAUGUCAAUUUGACACACACAUACCAAAUGAGAGAAUGGUAAGAACUGUUAAACGUUUUAUUUUGUGAUGAGUUGGCAGCAGAUUGUGUUGUAAGAUGUUACAGAGAAGAGUGUGUAGAUGGACAAUCCCAAAAUGUGAGAUGUUAACAAAAUACUGGCAUCAGAGUACCCCUGAAGACUAAAGUAGAGGUCGGUGUGAGUGAUUUCGGAGUGGCUUAGCUGGAACUUGAUAUCAGAAGCAGCCUUUAACAGAAAGCCUCUUGGCAAUUGUAUGGUACUAACUAGAGUACUGAAGUGUGAGUUGAAACCAAGUUGCAGUGGGAAAUCAAAGGUGAGGUAGCUUAUUUGAAACCAGUAAAUGACAGGUUGCACAGUUUGAAAUCUCAACAAAGUUAACUGCAUGGUAGCAAGGACUAGCAGUUCUCAAAGCCCAUCUUUUUCAGUGUUCUCAUUUACCUUGGCACACAAGUAUGUUUAACAGUCCAUACAUUACAGAUAUUUACAAACAAAAGUUGCUUAAAGGGAACUUACAAACUGAGAAUCUUCUCUUUAUGUGUGAUGAUAGCGGCUGGAAGCUUAGUUUUGUGCACAAAAGCUAGGAGCCACUCGCUCUGCACAGCCUGCAGGAGUGCGAUGAGAUGGGCGGGUCUCGGGAGGAGCCGCCCAGUCCUGAAGGAAAGGCGUGUGUGUCUGUGGCAUUGGGUGUAGUGUUGCUGGGGGAACCACAUCUCGGAAGGUGAUGGGCUUUUGGUUUGUAAUUUCCCUUUAAACAGGAAGAGAUGGCUCACAUUUUCCAUAUAUAUAUCUCAAUGAAUGUACUGUAUUACUGUUUUAAAAAUUUGAUGAAAUAAUAAUGGAUUGGUCUCCUUUUGUUAUCUGGUCCUUGUUUAAUUUGUUUAAGGGUUUUUGUAUACAAAAGUUUACAUUUUUAUGUAUAUUUUUCUUGUGUAAAAACCGAUGUAAUAUGUGUAUAAAACACUGUAUGUAUUAUCUGUAUAUAGUGUGACAAAAUGAUUUUUCUUUCUUUCUUUUGGAUGUAUUAAUAAA